AUUCAUAAUCAUUAUAUCUUAAUUAGUAUUCAUAAUCUAAUCUUUGCCUCAUAUUUCUUAAUUAAUCUCAUUCAAUUAAGUUGAGUAAAAUGGGUUCAAUAACUUUGAUAGUGGUGGGAAUCCUAGUAUUAUUGUCAUUGACAACUAUGCCCUCAUUAGCACAAGAAGCUGCUCCUUGUUGGGAAAACAUUGGACCAUGUUUGGAAACUGCUAAAGCUCAAAAUUAUACAUCGGCUGCGCUACAGCCGUGUUGUCCAGCUAUAUCAAGCGCUGUGAUCGACGAGACGGCGUGCUUCUGUCUUGGCAAGGCUGAUAUACUUUCACAGCAUGCUGAAGAUAUUUUUAAUAAUAUUUUGUCAACAUGCGAAAUUACGGCUACUAUUGAAGCAAUAUGCCCUGAUGAUGAUGCAGAUACUCCUUCACCAAGCCCGAGCCCAAGCCCAUCAAUCCCAGAUGCAGAAAUGGGCAACUAGUACUUCUGCCCAAAAUAUCUCAAGCAAAUCAAUUUCAGGCAUGUUCAUGAUAUUAAUGCCAUUUAUCAUAUAAAUAACUGUAUCGUUGUGGUGGAGAUGAAGGCGCAGAUAUUCUACUUCGUUUUCAAUAUCUAUCUUUUCUCUCUUUUUUUGGCUUUGUAAUAAUGGGUGCUAAGUGAUGACACCUCCUUUGCUUUUUUUUUUUUAAUAAAAAUGUGUUGUAUGAUUAAUUAAAUUACAAGAAGUGGUUUUCAUAUAUAUGUUCAUAUAAAAGUUGCGGAUAAAUAUGAGUUAUUCGAUCGAGUUCAA